UGGCGAUUUCUUGGAGGGAUUUGAAGGGGGAUAGAUGGGCAGAGAGAUUUAAGAAUUGAUAGGUGGUCCAGUUGUGUUUGGCCGGGUGGAUAUGCGCAUGCAAAGUCACGGAGCUUUAUUUUUUCCUCUCAUGUGGUGUUAGUGCCAGCAAUGGACAGAAAGAGAAAGGAGCAACUGCGGUGUUUCUUAAUUUUUACAGUUAUAAACUUGCAGCGCAUCACAAAAAGACACUGGCCUGUGUUAUUGACGCGUGUGGAAAUCUGAUAACAAACCGUACUUGAACUAUAGGGACUGUGAGUUGCGCGUAAAAGUCUGCAGAGUGGACGACAUCCAAAAGAGGUGCAACCAUGACGACCGAAAGCACCCAGAAACAUUUGGAUUCGUCUAAUCCUCUGCGCUCCAGUCCAGCGGCUGGGACCCUGAACGCAGCUCUGCUGAGCGCACACCCAGUGAUGGAGAGCGCGCACAAUGCGUCCAAGGGGAAGAAGGGAAACUCUGGUUUGAGGCGCCCUGAGAAGCCACCGUAUUCAUAUAUUGCGCUUAUUGUCAUGGCUAUCCAAAGCUCCCCGACCAAAAGGCUUACUCUGAGUGAAAUCUACCAGUUUCUACAGGCGCGCUUUCCUUUCUUCAGGGGCUCAUACCAGGGAUGGAAAAACUCCGUUAGACACAACCUGUCGCUGAAUGAGUGUUUUAUAAAGCUGCCAAAGGGGCUCGGAAGACCUGGGAAGGGGCACUAUUGGACCAUCGACCCAGGGAGCGAGUUUAUGUUCGAGGAGGGUUCUUUUCGGCGCAGGCCCAGAGGGUUCCGAAGGAAAUGUCAGGCUCUGAAACCAAUGUACAGGAUGAUGAAUGGGAUCGGGUUCGGUGCGUCCAUGCUGCAGGGGAACUAUGAUUUCCAGUCACCGUCCGGGCCGUUAGGAUGCCACAACAGCUACAACAUAGACUUGAUGAGUAAUUCAGUGCCAGGGGGCUUCGAAGGACUCGGAGGGGGGCAUCACGUCUCACAUAUAUCGUCCAGCUCCGGGUCGUCGUACAUGUCUGCGUGUCAGGUGGGCUCUAACACGGACUAUGGCCCAGACAGCAGCAGCCCCCUGCAGUCCCCCCCAGCGAUGGUAGGUUCUCUGGACUGUCAGACGCCUUAUGCAAAUGCGGCCUCACAUUGGAGUUCACCUGGUGUGUCCUCAUACAUUAAACAACAGUCACUGGCAUCCAACAGCCCCACAUCCACGGCCCUUCACCCGGGAAUGACGUCUUACUCUCUGGAUCAAAACUAUCUCCACAAUGGACGGGAUUCUUCUGAUAUUUCAGUGGGAUUGUCCAGAUAUUCCGGUCACUCAGCCCCUGUGUGUGACAGGAAGGACUUCGUUUUGAAUCUCAAUGGAAUCUCUUCCCUUCAUCCAGGCUCUGGUGGCUCCUACUACCAUCAGCUUCACCAUCAUCAUCAUCAUCAUCAUCAUCAAAGCGUGUAUCAAGACGUAAAGCCAUGUGUGAUAUGAUAACACACACAGGAAUGAACUGUCCAGUACUUUUCUCAUGCAGAAGGAGUUAUUACCAAUAUACCAGAGGAAGUGUGUAUGAAACCACCCUUGAAUCUUCAGUAAACUCUGACACAAUCUCAUAACACGACAGACUUCAUGCCAACAAUUUGUAAAUUUUAUACAAAGAAAACAUAGCAUACACGUAUCUGCAUAUCUGUAUUCUUGCACUUAUUAUUUUUUACAUUGUUGAGAUUGUUGCUGAUUUCCUGCAUCAGGUCAUUAAAGAGAUUUAUUUUAAAGG